AUGAAGUCCUCUUCAGUCGCCCUCAUCCUUCUGCAGCUCUGCAGCCUCCAGCUGAUGGUGGUUGCCAUGCCGACUUGCCAGCUGCUGGAAGACGUUGUCCAGACCACUCACAACCUGCUCAGAGACCUGGGGGGGCGAUUUCCUGUCCACUGCAUGCAGUACAAUGUUAACAUCUCUUUCCCUGACUCUGCCUUCCCUGCUGCCACAGUCAGUCACCCUCAGUGCCGCCAGGCAUUAUGGGUGGUGUAUGAGACUCUGCGGGAGACGCAGGAGUUGUUUCAGGAGUUGGACUUACCUGUCGGAGAGGGCGGAGUCACCUGGGACAGUAAGAAACUCGCUGACUUCCUGAACCUGCAGUAUGGACUGGUGGAGAAGGGAAGCUGUCUGGCCACCGCCGAGGCUCCAGGUGUGCUGUCUUCUUACUUCAGCAACGUCACAGCUGUUGUGCAGCAACAGGACAGCGCUGCCUGUGGUUGGAAGGCUCUGAGGAGAGAUGUCCUCUGGGUCCUAAAGACCGCCCUUCACAAAUAUCACAGCUGCUUCGCCCGGAGAGCUUGACAUUGACCACGCCCACUGACGACAGAGACAACGCCCGUUAAUGACAGAGGCCACGCCCAAAAGUGAAUUACUUAUAUUGAUUAUCAGUAUUUAUUUAUUUAUUUAUUUAUUUAUUGACCUAUUUAUUUAUUUAUUUAUUUAUCUAUUUAUUUAAAUAAAUUUUGAUACUUUUAUAUUUAUGUUUUUCUUUUUUUUGUAUUUUUGUUUCUUUGUAUUUUUUGUAUUUUUGUUUUUUUUUACUAUUUUUGUUCUUUACUUAAAUUC